GGGCCGCCUUCGCUCAGGGCCAGAGGGAGAGUGCGCGCGCACCAGCCAGAAAGAGAGAGAGUGAGGGAGAGAGAGAGCCGGGCCUGGUCGGGGCCCAGUCCUCCGCCGCCUGAGUGGAUGGAGCCGGGCGCUGGGCUUAACCAGCCUCCGCCACGGAGGGGGCUGGGCCUGGGCGGAGGAGGAGGGGGCGGCCUGGGCUCGGCGGGGGGCUCCCCGUCGUCGCUCUCGGGGCCCCAGUCCCGCCGCAGGAAGCAGCCGCCGCGCCCGGCCGACUUCAAGCUGCAGGUCAUCAUCAUCGGCUCUCGAGGCGUCGGCAAGACCAGCCUCAUGGAGCGCUUCACCGACGACACUUUCUGCGAGGCCUGCAAGUCCACCGUAGGUGUUGAUUUUAAAAUCAAAACUGUAGAGCUAAGAGGAAAGAAAAUUAGAUUACAGAUUUGGGACACAGCAGGUCAGGAAAGAUUCAACAGCAUUACCUCAGCUUACUACAGAAGUGCCAAGGGAAUUAUUUUGGUGUAUGAUAUCACAAAGAAGGAGACGUUUGAUGAUUUGCCUAAAUGGAUGAAAAUGAUUGAUAAGUAUGCCUCAGAAGACGCAGAACUUCUACUGGUUGGAAAUAAGUUAGACUGUGAAGUGGACAGAGAGAUUAGCCGACAACAGGGAGAAAAAUUUACUCAGCAGAUAACUGGGAUGCGGUUUUGUGAAGCUAGUGCCAAGGAUAAUUUUAAUGUUGAUGAAAUAUUUCUGAAACUAGUUGAUGACAUCCUUAAAAAGAUGCCUUUGGAUGUAAUAAGAAACGAAUUAUCCAACAGCAUCCUGUCUUUACAACCAGAACCAGAAAUUCCACCAGAACUGCCUCCUCCAAGACCUCAUGUCCGCUGUUGCUGACUUGCUGCUUUGCCCAGAGUAGAAACCAUGAACGGGAGGAAAGAAAAGAGAAAAGGAAAGAAAAAAAGCAGCACAUGUACUACUCGGCACUACAAUCAUGUGGCAGUUCCUUGUUGCACUUUGUUUCAGAGUCAGAGCUACACACUACUUUGUAAAUAUGCAAAUAUGCAAACCUGGGUAGGAAUCGGCUGUUAACUGGUUAAGUGUUGACCUUCCCUCAAGUGUUUUUUCACUCCUUUCCCCCAGCACUAUAAAUAUUGUACAUUUGGCUGGGAAAUACAGCACUCCCCAUCCUAGAAUGUAAGAAAUUAAAUCCAUACUUAUUCUGAACAUAAAUGUUGUAAUAGUCUUUGAUAUAAAACCAGAUUUCUUCUAGUAUAUGGUGCUUUGCUGGCUUUUCUUAAGAUGGUUUUUAAAAUUUAGACUGACAUGUAAUAAUGCUUUCUUGAGCAGCAUUGUCUCCUACAAACGAUCCUGUUUACUACAGUGUCAUAAAAUUACUGACAGCACAAUCUUGUGCGUGUUUACUCAGUACUAAGCCCUGUUGUGUUUGUUGAGACUUAGGGAAUUAACUUCUACACAAGGGUGCAAAAGAUUGCAUCCUGAGAGUUCAAAACACUAGAUGCUGAUGCAGUCCAUUCAGUUCAGUGGAACUUCCCCAUGCAGUUCUGUGCGAACUUUACUGAAAUGAAUCCUAAACACACAGGCAAAUGCUAUUUGCAACACUCCUUUAUUAUUUAUUAUACUUUAUUAUAGGUAAUGGGUAUGUGUACUGAGGUGAUGCAUUCUGAGCAGUUUUUAAAAAAGAAAAAUUGCCAACAUGCCGAGUUGUUUUCCUCUAACACAGAUUAGCUAGCAAUCAGGUUCUGUAUAAAACAGAGAUAUAUUUGCAACUUAUUUUAAAAAAACAAUAUUUUUUAAAGAAACAACAUUGCUGUUGCCCUAGACAAAUUCUUUUAAAAUCAUGUUUAGGACAAAACGUUUUCCUAUAUUGAAGAAUAUAUAUGUUUAUUUGUCUGGAAAAAAUGGGAAGAUUACUUCUGUUACAUAUACUUUUUCUAAUAGGUAAGCUUAUUCCCAUCAAAUAUGCUGUGCUAAAAACUUUUUUGUCUGAAUGGGUUUGUGAACCAUAUCUCUUUUGGUAUAUCUUUUAUUAAAACUGCACUGUAUAGUCUAGCUGUGGUAAACCAGUAGCUACGUAUUUGAAUAACUUGAUGUGUCCUAAAUGUUGUGGUAAUGAAAAGCAUUGUCGUUUUCAACUAAUGACAUGCCAAUAAAAUUUUGUAUUUAUGAAUGACAAUGAAACUGCAUCUCUUAUUAGAAUUCCAAAUAGCAAUUGGUUGGCCAAAAAAGGAAGCUACAUUAUGGGUGGGUGGGGGGGGGGGUUCUAAGUAUGUGUCAAUUUGCAGCAUGAUUAUUCAUAUUCAGUGAGAUUCCCAGUAAAUACUGCAGCCCUAAUCAAACUUAUUAUAUAAGACUUGCUUGCUGCAAUAUCCCAGUGGGCUUCAUGGAAGCAUUAGUGACUUGUGGACUAUGAAGCAGGACCACUGGAUUUUAAUAACCAAAUGGCUGCUUUUAUCUUUCACUGCCCAAGUCUCUGUCCUGUGUGCAGAGCAAUUCAUGUGGCUGUCAGUGUUCUCCACUGACUUUCCUGAUGUCUUGUCUUCAGGGUACUGUUCAGAAUUAAAAUGUUAAAUAAUUGGUUGUAGUUUAAGUGUACAGUUAGUUGAUCUUGAUCUUGGAAUACCUCUUUUGGAUCAUACAGUUUCAACUAAUAAAAGAUGCACAAUUGAAAUGUAUUUCUGCUACCACAAUGUGCCUAUACAAGUGUCAAUCUUCACACAGAUUAUCAUGUGGCUUUCUAUAGUACUGACCAGAUGAAGUUUGCCAUUUUUGUAGCACUGGUAGGACUUGUUAUAAUGUUGUGGGCAAUAACAGUGAAAACAACUUAUGAAUAGUACGUUUAAACUUUACAAGCAUUUAGGUGAUUUUCCUGUAUUUAAAAAUCUGGUUUUUUGCCUUUGGUUCUUAAAUAAAAAUGUAAGAAAAGA